GUGACCAAAAUCGCACAGGUCACCUGACCUUUAACAGCCUGUGUCUUUCCAAUGGAGGAAUAUUCCCAGAAACACAUUACCCACGGCUGCUGCAGACACUUCUGAAGGACUUCACUUUUCUGGCUCCAGUUCUGACACGUCUCACCAACUACAUGAUCUUCCAAAAGGGGAUUGGAGACGUGUUUGGUCCAUACACGCAGCCCACAGAUGCUGAGUUCUGGGACAUGUGGACGGGUUUACGCUACAACGACGGCAACUUAGUUUUGGACAGCACUCUGCAGUACAUCAACCAGAGAUUAAAGCACAGAGAGCGAUGGGUGGGCGCGCUCACUUCCACCUUUGUCCCACUGCACAUGAUCUACGGACCCCUGGACCCAGUCAACCCUCAUCCACAGUUCAUCCAUCGUUACCAGUGAGUGCCCCCACCUCUGACUUUUAAACCCCGUUCAGAUUAUCAGUAAUACACUCAUCUCCUGGCAGAGCUUCUCUCAGCUCACUCUUCGAAUGUGAAUGAGGACUAAUUAAAAGGAGAAUGGGUAGUUUUACA